CCCCAGCCGCCCGCCCCGGCCGCCCGCCCGCCCCGCCCGCGCGCCCGCCGCCCCCGGCCCCCCGGGUCCCCCCUCGGCCGGGCAGCCCCCAAUCCCGCGCCGCCCGGACCCCCUCCUCCUCCCUCCCUCCUCCCUCCGCCCCCUCCCCGCGGGACUCCGGCGUCCCCGCCCCCCAGUCCUCCCUCCCCUCCCCUCCAGCAUGGUGCUCGCGGCCCCGCUGCUGCUGGGCUUCCUGCUCCUCGCCCUGGAGCUGCGGCCCCGGGGGGAGGCGGCCGAGGGCCCCGCGGCGGCGGCGGCGGCGGCGGCGGCGGCGGCAGCGGCGGGGGUCGGGGGGGAGCGCUCCAGCCGGCCAGCCCCGUCCGUGGCGCCCGAGCCGGACGGCUGCCCCGUGUGCGUUUGGCGGCAGCACAGCCGCGAGCUGCGCCUAGAGAGCAUCAAGUCGCAGAUCUUGAGCAAACUGCGGCUCAAGGAGGCGCCCAACAUCAGCCGCGAGGUGGUGAAGCAGCUGCUGCCCAAGGCGCCGCCGCUGCAGCAGAUCCUGGACCUACACGACUUCCAGGGCGACGCGCUGCAGCCCGAGGACUUCCUGGAGGAGGACGAGUACCACGCCACCACCGAGACCGUCAUUAGCAUGGCCCAGGAGACGGACCCAGCAGUACAGACAGAUGGCAGCCCUCUCUGCUGCCAUUUUCACUUCAGCCCCAAGGUGAUGUUCACAAAGAGCAUCGACUUCAAGCAAGUGCUACACAGCUGGUUCCGCCAGCCACAGAGCAACUGGGGCAUCGAGAUCAACGCCUUUGAUCCCAGUGGCACAGACCUGGCUGUCACCUCCCUGGGGCCGGGAGCCGAGGGGCUGCAUCCAUUCAUGGAGCUUCGAGUCCUAGAGAACACAAAACGUUCCCGGCGGAACCUGGGUCUGGACUGCGACGAGCACUCAAGCGAGUCCCGCUGCUGCCGAUAUCCCCUCACAGUGGACUUUGAGGCUUUCGGCUGGGACUGGAUCAUCGCACCUAAGCGCUACAAGGCCAACUACUGCUCCGGCCAGUGCGAGUACAUGUUCAUGCAAAAAUAUCCGCAUACCCAUUUGGUGCAGCAGGCCAAUCCAAGAGGCUCUGCUGGGCCCUGUUGUACCCCCACCAAGAUGUCCCCAAUCAACAUGCUCUACUUCAAUGACAAGCAGCAGAUUAUCUACGGCAAGAUCCCUGGCAUGGUGGUGGAUCGCUGUGGCUGCUCUUAAGGUGGGGGAUAGAGGAUGCCUCCCCCACAGACCCUACCCCAAGACCCCUAGCCCUGCCCCCAUCCCCCCAAGCCCUAGAGCUCCCUCCACUCUUCCCGUGAACAUCACACCCUGUUCCCCGACCAAGCAGUGUGCAAUACAACAGAGGGAGGCAGGUGGGAAUUGAGGGGUGAGGGGUUUGGGGGAAAGGGGAAGGAGGGGCAUAGUCAGGGUGGGGAGUGUUUGAAGUUUGCAGAUGAGAAGGUUUGACAAAAAGACAGAGAGAUGUAGAGACAGUGAUAGAGACAGAGGAACAAAAAGAGCAGCAGUGAGAAGGCAAAGAGAGAGGCAGAAGAGACAGACGAGGCAGAGACAAAACACUGAGAAAGAGACUGAAAUGGAGUAAUAAAUGAAAGCCCCACACCAAGCCUCCUUUCUUCCACUGGCAAGGUGAGGCGCUUGGUAUAGUUUGGGGAGAUCCCCUGACUAUUCAGUAGGAGAAGAAAUCAAAAAUCCAUUCUUUUCUCCUUCUCUCCCUCCAACAGUGGCCAGGGGAAGGGGAAGUGAGGGCAGGGGCAAAAAGAUUUGGGAAUUUUUAUUUAUUUAUUUAUUGUGACUUUUCAUUUUUUUGGUAUUUGGCUUUACUGGAAUAGGAGGGCCCCUGCCCACUGUGCCCCGUUUAUCCCUUAUUCCCCAAACCCUGCUCUUCCCAACACCUACUCACUUAAGCACUUGUAUAAAGCCUCCAGGGUUGGGAAUGGGAGUAAAGGGCAAGAGGGCGGACACAUGUUUAGUUUCUAACCCAUCAUCACCCUAACUCAACCUUUUCUGAGCCAAAUGGCUUGAAUUGAAGCCAGUUGUCAUGGAAAUAGUAAGAGGUUAGGGUUUAAGAGCUGGGGAUGCGGGGGUGGGAGAGAGAACCCUCAACAUCCAGGAUCUAUAUAAUGAGAGCUACUUUAAGGUCCACCCUCAUGAUACUGAGUUAUUUAGCCAGAGGGUGCAGCCUGCUUAUGCCCAAAUUCCCUCAGCCAAGAGAGAGACCAAAGAGCCUCUGGAAUGGCCCUGCUCCCAGCCUCUAUCUUCAGGUCAAUUAGAGAGAGUAUAGAGACCCCAGAGUCCCCUGGGUCUGGAAAGCGUUAGGAGAGGUCAAGAAAGGAGCAGUAAGGAGGCUGAAGGUUACAGGGCAUUUGAAUCCAAAUCACUGCUCUGGGCUAGGGAAUAGAGCCAGCAGACCAAGGUGGGAGGGAUUCUGGAAGGGGGACAUUUUAGUCUCCUAACCCCAAAGCUCAGGGUGGAAGAGGGGAGAACAAGGAAGCAGAGUGUAUAAUUAUUUUUUCCUUUUAUUUUUGGAAUCUAACAGUACCUGGCAGCAGGGAGGGGAAAGUACAGUGGGAAAAAGCAUCUGACAAGGCCAGUUAGAACAGAGGAUGGGAAGGAUGGAGACUCCCGGGUUUGGAAGGCUAGGAAGCAGGCAGAGACUGGUUGCCAUUUCAAGUCACUAGCUAGGCCCAUUCAUUCCUCCCACAACCCUGACCCAUUCUCCUCUGGACUCACUGUGCCUCAGUUUCUUCCCCUCAAUGGAAUGAGAAAUGACAGCACCCGCCACAGCCAAGAGAUGAAUUCUGAGCACUUACCACGGGCACUUUAUGGACAUAAAAUACCUCUCGCUGUGGGACAGAUAACCAGGGCACCAGAGUAGUGGUGAAGAGAUGUGAGGCUUAAGAGGAGUCACAGGCUUCAGAGUACAAGUUCCCCUCUGCCUCCCAGCUGGACAGUGCCUAGAAGCCAAGGAGUUGAGAAUCUCCUGAUCCACACCCUAUUCGUACUUCACCACCAGGCCUCUUGGCUCCAGGCAAGAGCUUAGAGGAUGUCAGGAGAGGUGGGGGUAAGAACCUUCAGCAAAACUGUCACUCUAAGUAGAGCCAGCAGUUACGGGUCUGAUAAAAACAGUACUGAACUAAAGUAAAGCCCAAGCUGGUGAGCAAAA